AUGCAACGUAAAAAAAAUAGUUCAUCAAACAUGGACUACAUGAAGUAGAAAUAUGACAAUGCUGAGUAUGAUAGCAAAUUUUGUUUUUUUAAAAAGCACAAAAAAGGUUACAAAUUGAGAAAAACUAGGACAAUCUAUCCUUUGAUACCUGAUUAUGAUUUAGUUUCAAAUAAAGUUUCAACAAGCAAAUACACGAUUAUAACUUUUCUACCAAAAAUGCUAAUAUAUUAGUUCAGUAAGUUAGCCAAUGUAUAUUUUUUGAUUAUAGGUCUUAUGUAAUGCAUUACAACCAUUUCAAUGAGUGAUGGCAAGCCAAUCAUGUUCUUGCCAUUUAGCGUAAUACUAUUUAUAUCGGCUCUUAAAGAGAUAUUUGAAGACAAAAAGCGUAAAGAUUAGGAUAACUUAGAAAACUCCCAUCUUGUUAUUUAAAGAGAAGGUCAAAAUCUCAGUUAAGUUCACAGUCACCAGCUCCAUCCUGGUCAUGUUAUCAAAAUUAUGAAAAACGAGUAAAUACCUGCUGAUGUUAUCCUUUUACAGUCCAGCGAAGAAAGUGGAGUUUGCUAUAUUGAAACUAUGAAUUUAGACGGAGAAUCUAAUCUAAAGUUAAGACUAGCUCCAAUUGAAGUCCAGCUGCUUUCAUGGGAAAACUUUUCUAAUAUCGAGGUCCAAUACGAAGCUCCCAAUAAGUAUUUAUAUAACUUUAAUGGAGCUAUGGCUUAUGACGGAAGGUUCAAUAUUUCAAUUAAAGGUAUAAAUGUGCUUCUUAAGGGUAGUUCUUUAAAAAAUACUGAGUUUGUCUAUGGUUUAGUCAUUUACACUGGCCAUGAGACUAAGAUCAUGAUGAACUCUUCUGAGCCUGCUCCCAAAUUAAGCAGCUUAGAAAAGACCAUGAACAAACUAAUCGUCAUCCUUUUUACUGUUCAAAUAUUGACAUGCUUCACCUCAGCUUCAAUAAAUUACUUUUUAACCAAAAAUAUGAAUGAUAGUGGAUAAUUGAAUUACUUAGAAAAAGAUUAAGAACAUAUUCAGCAAGAUACAAUACUUACUGUGCUGAUUAGUAUGGGAACAUGGAUGCUUAUUUUUACUAAUUUUAUUCCUAUUUCUUUGUUAGUUACUUUGGAAGUUGUUAAGUUUUACUAAGGAUAUAAUUUAAUGAGAGAAGAAGGAUAAGGAAAUAUUUCAGUACAAUCAAGCAGCUUAAAUGAAGAAUUAGGACAAAUAAAUCAUAUAUUUUCUGAUAAGACAGGCACUUUGACAUUGAAUAGGAUGGAAUUUAAGAAUGUUUGUGUUAAUGGUGUCAAUUAUGGAAGCAAUUUAGAAAUACCAAAUUAACUUUACAAAAGAAGUAGUGUGCCAAACUAAGAAAACAAAAAAAAAGUUGAUUAUGUAGAUUUUGAUGACUAUGAAUUUUUUAAGCUUGUUGAAUCAAAGGAUUAAAAAACAAUUGAUUUACUACACUGUAUUUUUUUAUGUCAUAAUGUAGUAGUUGAAAAGGACCAUUCCAAUAAUCCUAUGCUUUCCGAUGAUGUUCACUACAGCGCAUCUUCUCCAGACGAACUAGCACUUAUUUCUUUUGCUAAGCUUGCUGGAUACAUUUUUAAAGGUAGCAAGAAGGAAAAUGGAAAAGAAUAUUAUAUUAUUAAGCAUCAAAACUAAAUAUUUGAAUACGAAGUCUUAAAAUUCUUUGAAUUUAACAGUUUUAGAAAGAGAGUUAGUAUUAUAGUAAAAAAUUCUUAAGGAUAAAUUUAGCUUUAUUGCAAAGGAGCUGACUCAAUAAUUGAAUAAAGAUUAAGUGAAUAUGAGUUUUAAUAACAAAAUCUAUCAGUUUCUAAAUCAGUUACAAAUUAAUAUGCAAAUCAAGGUUUGAGAACUUUAUUUUUGGCAAAAAAAGAUUUAUCUGAACAAGAAUAUAAUCAAUGGAGUGAAAAAUAUAGUGAAGCAGAGAGAUCCCUUUAAAAUAGAGAUGAACAAGUAGAAAAGCUAUAAGACUCUAUGGAAAAAGAUUUAAAUUUCUUAGGAGUAACAGCUGUAGAAGAUAAAUUGCAAGAUGAAGUUGGAAACACAAUACAAUCAAUAAGAGAUGCAGGAAUAAAGUUUUGGGUUUUAACUGGAGACAAAAAGGAAACAGCAAUAAAUAUCAGUCAUUCUGCAUAAAUUAUAGACUCAGAUACUUAAAUAAUAGAUAUAGAUGACAAGAAUUUAUAAUUAAUAAAACAAAAAAUUAGAUACUAUUUUUAGAGCGUUUAAGAUAAUUAGCAUGUUAAGUAUUCAUUGAUAAUAAGUGGAGAGUCAUUCCAUACCAUAGAAACAGAUCAGGAAGUUUCUUAUUAAUUUGUAUAACUUUCCAUGAUGGUAUAAAGCGUUAUAGGCUGCAGAUUUACUCCUAGUUAAAAGAAACACGCAGUUUCGCUAGUAAAAAAACAUACAAAAAGAAAACCAACCCUCGCAAUUGGUGAUGGAGCAAACGAUGUGAACAUGAUCUUAGAAGCACAUGUUGGUGUUGGUGUUAAAGGUGUUGAAGGGUCUCAGGCUAGUAGAGCAAGUGAUUUUAGUGUAAAUGAAUUCAAAUAACUUAAAGAGUUACUUUUUGACUAUGGUAGAGAAUGCUAUAGAAAAAAUAGUGAAUUAGUCCUCUUUAAUUUCUUUAAAAAUCUUUUAUUAGUCUUACCUCAAUUCUGGUUUGGAGCUAUAUUAAGUUUAUUCAGUGGAACAAAUUUGUAUGAUCCAUGGAUUUAUCAACUUUUUAAUACCAUUUUUACUGCUCUUCCUAUUGUAAUUUAUGCUUUGACUGAUAGGGAAUAUUCAAAGAGGACAUUACUCUCCAAUUCUAACUUUUACAAAUAAGGAAUGAAGUUUGAAUUGUUUAAUACACAAAUAUUUAUAAAGACAUUAAUUAAUGGCCUUCUUUAAAGUUUUAUUAUAAUAAUUUUAUCAUUUUACUGUUUAGAAAAUACAAUGUUAGACUAAAAUGGAUAAUAAUCAUCACUUUCUUUAACUGGAAUGGUGUCUUUCACAAUAAUAACCCUUUAUGCAAACUUAAAGAUAAUUACUUUCUCUAACACUUUUUCGUUCAUUUCAGUGCUUGGGAUAUUUUUGAGUAUUUCUUUUUAUAUUUUAAGCUACUAUAUUAUGACAGAUGCAACAUAUGCUUAGAAUAAUCCUCUUUGGGAAAGCUUUACUAUAAUUUUUGGAAACCUUAGAAUAGUUAUGACUAUUUUAUUAGCUUGUUCUUUAUUAUUUUUAUUGGAUUUGUCAUAUUAAAGGUUCUCACAUUUUUUGUAUGAUUAGUCCAUUAACUCUUACAGCAAAAUUUAUAGUAAAUUAAGUGGAGAUUUCACAGAAACCUCAAGCUCUUCUAAAGAAGUUAGAGUUGAGCUUAGUGGCAAAUCAAAAAAAAUAGAUAACUAUUAUAAAUUUUCAGGAUCUAUUAAUGGUGAUCAACUUUGA